CCAUAUAACAUCUUCACCUGGAAUAAGCCCCUGAAUUCAAAGUUGACAACCCCGGACAGAAAAAGGUUAUAAGCAUUCUCUAUGGCUCCCGACAACAACAAGAGGAAGAGGCCCAACAUAUUGGUGACGGGCACGCCCGGAACAGGCAAAACCACGACGUCUUCUGCCGUGGCAGAGGCCACCCAGCUCCGCCACAUCAAUAUUGGGGAUUUGGUCAGGGAGAAAAACUUGCACGACGGCUGGGAUGACGACCUCCAGUGCCACAUCAUCAACGAAGACCUCGUGUGUGAUGAGCUUGAGGAUGUGAUGGAUGAAGGGGGAAACAUUGUAGAUUAUCAUGGUUGUGAUUUCUUUCCUGAACGAUGGUUUGAUCUUGUGGUAGUGCUUCAAACCGACAACUCUGUGUUGUAUGAUCGCUUGAGCAAGAGAGGCUAUGAGGGGGCCAAGCUUUCAAACAAUAUAGAGUGUGAAAUCUUUCAAGUUUUGCUGGAGGAGGCAAAAGAAAGUUAUGCAGAGGAUAUUGUUAUAGCUCUAAAGAGUGAUAAUAUUGAGGAUAUCACUAGAAAUGUUGCGACUAUAACAGAUUGGAUCAGAAGUUGGCCCCCAACAUCUUGAAUGAAUAUGAUAUUUUGUAAUCCGUGCUGCCUUUGCCGCUUUGCUGUGUGAAAGAAGCUGCGGUGAGGGCUUUACUAAUGUCUCUAUUAAGCAUCGCUUUCAGCAUCUAUUGCUCACCUUUAGCACUAAUAUAAAAUCAGUUAAAUUUCGCUAGUUUGGGUUAUUUUCAUGGAUUAAUCUGAGGGUUCCGAUAUGUAUGCGAUUGUAAUUUUAAUUGUAGUGCAAGGAUGGACGGUGAUAAGUGAAUAGACCAUUAUAUAAUGGGCUUAUGUGCCCCUUUUGGUUGCCCUUUCUCUACUUGUAAAAGAAAUGUUUAUUCCUGAUAUUGGGUUGCUUCAUUUUGCUCGAA